AGGAAAUAUCCGGCUGCAUUUGGUGUGCGCAAAACCGUCGGCCAUGUUUGUUACGCCGUCGCAAUAGAGUCCGAGUUCUUGUCGAUGCGAAUGGCAGAGGAUAUUUGCGAGGUAUUUCACGUCUCCAGAUAUUCGCGGAUUUAUCAACGAAAAUAAGUAAAUCAACGUCGCAUUUUACCGGUAUACGCAAACCCGUUUCAGAUCCGGGACCGAAGCGAAGUUGGCCGAGAUACGGGAGGGUUGAAAAUGGGCAAGGAGAAGAUCCACAUAAACAUCGUGGUGAUCGGGCACGUGGACUCCGGUAAAUCAACGACCACCGGCCACCUGAUAUACAAAUGCGGGGGAAUCGACAAGCGGACGAUCGAGAAGUUCGAAAAGGAGGCCCAGGAGAUGGGCAAGGGUUCGUUCAAGUACGCCUGGGUCCUGGACAAGCUCAAGGCGGAGCGGGAGCGGGGAAUAACGAUCGACAUAGCUCUCUGGAAGUUCGAGACGGCCAAGUACUACGUGACGAUAAUAGACGCGCCCGGUCACCGUGACUUCAUAAAGAACAUGAUAACCGGGACCAGUCAGGCGGACUGCGCGGUGCUGAUAGUGGCGGCAGGGACCGGGGAAUUCGAGGCCGGGAUAUCGAAGAACGGACAGACGCGGGAACACGCCCUCCUGGCCUUCACCCUGGGGGUGAAACAGCUGAUCGUGGGUGUGAACAAGAUGGACUCGACGGAGCCGCCGUACUCGGAGAGCCGGUUCGAGGAGAUCAAGAAGGAGGUCUCAUCCUACAUAAAGAAGAUCGGCUACUACCCGGCCUCCGUUGCCUUUGUACCGAUCUCCGGAUGGCACGGGGACAACAUGCUCGAACCCUCGCCGAAGAUGCCCUGGUACAAGGGGUGGAAGGUAGAGAGGAAGGACGGCAACGCCGACGGCAAGUGUCUGAUCGAGGCUCUCGACGCCAUCCUGCCGCCGUCGAGGCCGACGGACAAGGCGCUCCGACUUCCGCUCCAGGACGUCUACAAGAUCGGCGGCAUCGGAACCGUCCCCGUCGGCAGGGUGGAGACUGGGAUCCUGAAGCCGGGUAUGCUGGUCACCUUUGCCCCCGCGGCCCUGACGACGGAGGUAAAAUCCGUCGAGAUGCACCACGAGGCUCUGACCGAGGCUCUGCCCGGCGACAACGUCGGAUUCAACGUCAAGAACAUAUCCGUCAAGGAGCUUCGCCGAGGAUACGUUGCCGGGGAUUCAAAGAACUCGCCGCCGCGCGGCGCGGCCGAUUUUACCGCUCAAGUAAUCGUCCUCAAUCAUCCGGGACAGAUCAGCAACGGUUACACCCCCGUUCUCGACUGCCACACAGCUCAUAUCGCUUGCAAGUUCGCCGAGAUCAAGGAGAAGUGCGACCGCAGGACCGGCAAAACUACCGAGGAAAAUCCUAAGAGCAUCAAAAGCGGCGACGCCGCCAUCGUCAUGCUGCAACCCAGCAAGCCGAUGUGCGUCGAAGCUUUUCAGGAGUUUCCACCCCUCGGACGCUUCGCUGUACGCGACAUGCGCCAAACUGUUGCCGUCGGAGUAAUCAAGAGCGUCAACUUCAAGGACACUCAGGGGAAGGUAACAAAGGCCGCGGAGAAGGCCCAGAAGAAAAAGUAACCAUCAGACCUCCUCGGAAGCUCGCAGUUCGUCGGUUGGCGUCCGUCGAGAGUCCUGACAAGGCGAACCAACUGCAGGGCUCAAUUUUCUACGGCAGCAAUCCCUUCGAAUUCUUGCUUAACAAUGAAUAAUACCUGCACGAGCAGAAUUGGGAAUAUGUGCUUAUACUUACCCCCCUUGCAUUACCCGGUAGUGUUGAAUCCCCGUAUAUAUCCGAACCUUCACAUUCAGUUCACCCAUGCUCCUCGCACCCCCCACAUAUGCUAGGAUUUUUCACCGGAUCGUCGAUAUUCCUAAUCGCUUAAUCGUUCCACAACGUUGUACUGAAUUCAAAACGUAUUACAUACACAUUGCGACAUAUACUCUCAGUUUUCCAACUCCGUAGUUAGGUUUUUAAUCUUGAAGAAUGUAUCGGGAUGUGUUUUACAUAGUUAUCGUGCAUGCGCAAAAUUCUUCGCCGUGUUAUGACAAACGUUGCGUGUACGCGACCACUUUUCAAAUUCUUCCACUUUUUUUUUCUUUCUUCUCGUCCUCGCUUUCGGGAGAAUGAUUUAGACUCCUUUACACUUGGUUUCUUGCCAUUUUUUUUUUUUUUUUCUGUUUUUUCAACGUUGAAAAGAAGGUGUCAUAUUUCCGUACCUGCGGUACAAGAACACGACACGAACGGCCGUCACACGAAACAUACCCAUUUUUUAAUCGAUUGUAUUAUCGUUGUAAGGAAUUUGUUAUAAAAGAAAAAAAAAAAAACAAGAAGGUAUUACAAUUGUUUAUAUUAUUGUCGAUGUAAUA